UCAUUUGUGUGCGUACUGGCAACAGUCCAACAGUUCGUUUGUCAACCGAAGAUGGCGGAGGAUUUUAGUGAUACGAAUUCCCAUGAAAUUACAAAAAAUCACAUUCCACAGAGAUGUAAAAAUCAGUGGGUACGUCUCAAUGUUGGCGGAACAUAUUUUCUAACAGCAAAAACAACAUUAACAAGGGAUCCAAACUCAUUUCUAUAUCGACUAUGCCAGGAGGACUCUGACCUCAUCUCCGACAGGGAUGAAACUGGAGCCUAUUUAAUAGACAGAGAUCCAACAUAUUUCAGUCCAAUUUUAAAUUACCUUCGGCAUGGUAAAUUGGUGAUUAAUAAAGAUCUCGCUGAGGAGGGUGUUUUGGAAGAAGCUGAAUUCUAUAACAUUACUGAUCUUAUUAGGCUAGUUAAAGAAAGAAUUAUUCUCAGAGAUACAAGGCCGAUACGUGAUUCACAAAAGCUUGUGUACAGGGUUUUGCAAUGUCAUGAAGAUGAGCUCACACAAAUGGUAUCAACAAUGUCCGAUGGAUGGAAAUUUGAACAACUGAUAAACAUAGGUUCACAAUAUAAUUAUGGCAAUGAUGAUCAGGCAGAAUUCUUGUGCAUUGUAAGCCGAGAAUAUGGUCCGAGUCAAUUAGCCAGCAAAGAACAGGAAUCGACAGAUCGCGUUAAGGUUCUGCAGCAGAAAGGUUCACGUAUGUAAUUUCUAGUCCUCUUCGAAUUGUUUUACCUCCCCUGAUAUAGAAUUAAGAAUAAAGCUGUGAAGAACACAGAUUACUAAAAAGAUAGAAAAAAAGCCGCAAGAAUCGUCCUCAAUUUAAGAAAAAAUAUCCAGUUAAGAUCUCAAGGAAAAAAAACUGUAAUAUUCUUGAAGACGUAUAGAUAUAUAUUUAGCAAAAAUGCUUGACUGAUCUGUGAAAAGAAAAAAAUAAUGAGGAUCAGAAUAAUUAUCUCCCUGAUGCAAAAUAAUUUGCUAGAGGAAAAAUAAAAAAUCCUUCAAGUGUGGCAUGUUUUAAAGGUUUGAAUUCACUAAUAAUGAAUUUAACAGACAAUAGCGAAUUAAGAGAAGAACAUCUUUCGUACGAUUUUCUGCAAAGUUAAACUCAACUUUUAACGAUCUCUGAUUUAUUCAUCAGCCAAUGCAUCAAUUUCACCGCAUAGAAAAAUUUUCUUCCGCAAAACAUAAUUUAUUUCCUAAGGAACGAACAGUUUUAAAAUUUUCAAGUUAACUUUUUCCUAUAAAAUUAAGACUAUUAAUUAAUUAAGUUUUUGAUAAUUAAAGUUUUAUAAAGUAUACCUACUUCUUUUUCAUUAUAUUAAUUCCCCAUCACUAAUUAAAUAUUUUUAAUGUUUCUUAUACGUAGUUAUUUUUAACCAUUUUUCCUAACAUUUCAAGACACAUUUUUACAGUUAAAUUUUAUAAACUAAUUUCCUCAAACUAAGUUUUCCAUAAUUGUAUAUUUAACAAUUUUCUAAUUAACUUUUCCUGAAAAUUAGAUUAAUAAUUUUUUAAAUCAUUAUUUGAAAUGAAUUUUUGAAGAAAUAAAAAGAUUUUCAAAAUACAGUGGUGAAAAAUUGGCUGAUCAUUAAAACAGAGAUUCUUUUGUACUAAAUUGUAUAAAAUGAUUCAUUUUUUUUGUACCUAUAUACAAUUGUAUAUUAUGAAAUAAGGGUCUUAAAAAAAUUAACCUUUUCACUGCCGCCAAAAAAAACAUAAUAUUUACCUAGACUAGUAGGGUGAUAAUUAACUGUUUUAAUAUUUGAGUACUCGAUAAUCAAGAAAAAAAAAAAUUACGAUAAAUUGUAAAUAGAAUCAGCGGGACUUGAUUGCAAAUUACAAAACGCGUGAAAAAUUUUCUUUCAUUUUUUUAUUAAAAAAAAAAAAAUUACUAUAGCAAAUUUACGCAAUUUGCAUUGUCCAAAUUAUAUUCGGAGCAAAAUAUUCAAACAUCUAUUCUAAAUCGUAAUAAAUAAUUAUAAUAAUAAUAAACUUCAAAAUAGUCGUAAAACUAAAAAAAAAAUAUCACCGCAAUUUUAUAUAAAUAUAUAAAAUGAAUCACUGUAAAUUUUUAAGCGAUGACUCGAGUACUACGCUGUCGUUUUAUUUUUUCUUCAUCAACAUAUAAAAAUUUUCCAUUAAGUCACAAACAAUUUUUUAAUUUCCCACUUUUUUUUUAGAUAAUAAUAAUGUUCCUACUUUUGCAAUUUUAAUAGAUUUUGAUUUUGUGAUAUAUAUUUGCUGUAUUCUUUUUACUUCUACUUGAAAAUACUCAUAUACAUGUUUUUCAAUAUUGUGUUCUAAAAAAGAAAACAGAAAAAAAUGAAAGUACUCACAAUUUUAAAACUACAAAAAAGUGUGUUUUAAAAAAUUCUGUCUUUUACAGAAUUUUUGUCUGAUGCUUUUGCUUCCUUAACAUUUAUAAUGAAGUUGAAAUUUGUGAAGUAGAAUAAUUUCAAUUAAUCUAAUAUUCUCUAAAUUUGCUAGUAAAAUAAAUAUAUUAAUUAAAAGAGUAAAAUAUUACACUUUCAAUUUAUAGACAUUUUACUAUAAAAUUAGUAGUUUUCUACGAAAAAUUAGUAAAAUCUUUACUAUUCGAUUGAUAAACGAAUUUAAUUAAAGAAUUAAUUUUAAUUUCAAGAAAACUACUAAUUGAGAUUUAGAGAGUACUUAACAACAAAAAUUAGAUUUAAAUGAAAACUAUGUCAAUAAUUUUGCGUAGAAUUAAAAAAAGAAAAAUAAAACAAUUACCAUAGAUUUUAAAACAUAUUUUAGAACAUAUCAUAGAAUAUAUAUAAAAUAAUUAGUAAUAACAAAUUUAUAAUUCGAUUUAAUUAAAAAUAAACAAUUUCAAAUAAUGCACAAGAUAAAAAUAAAUUUCUAGAAAAUCUCAAUAAUAAAAUUCAAAUUUGGAGAUUAAAGGUAAGAACCUCCCUCAUUCCACAACCACUCAAACCUUCAAUCUCCAUUUAGUUGAAAAAAGUACAAAAAUAAAAAAAUAAUCUAAAAAUUUAUUUCUAUAUUGUGAAAAAUUAAAAACAAAAAAUGAUUUAAAAGGAAAAAAAGUAAAAAAAAAAUUGUUUUUUAUAAUUAAAAUUUGAUAAUAAAGAUAAAGUAAUAAAAAUUUGUCUAAACUUUACAAACUUCAACUUCAAUCAUUUACAAUUUUUUUUUAAAUAGUUUUAGUCUGAUAAAACAAUAUCCAAUCGUCUGGUACGGUGGGGAAAAUUUAGAAAUAAUUUUAGUCUCAGAAAAUGUCCACAUUUAAAUGUGGCAAAAUCAUAUUAAUGUGAAGAAGAAAGAAAGGGAAAAAAAUG